AUAGUUACAUAUUAUACAUGAAUCAAGGAUAAAGACGAAGGAUAAAGACGGGGAGACAGAAGAGAGAGGGAGCGAGUGAGAGAAGCAGAAGCGAGAGAGAGGGAGAGAAGCGAGAGAGGAGACAGAAGCGAUCGCGAUUGCGAUUGCGAUCGCGAGAGAGAGAGAGAAGGUGAAAGAGAGAGCUUUGACGAAGUGGACUAGAUCGACUUCGGAGGGCUUCGAUCGACUUCAGAGGGCUUCGACUGAGAGAGAGAGCUUCAAUCGACUUCAGAGGUCUUCGACUGAGAGAGAGAGGGUCUUCGCAGGAGACCUUGCUUGGCUUCUCUCUGUCUCUUUUCAUCAAUGGGUUCAUCAGAAUCAACACUCUCAAGCUCACAGGCAACUCCAAUAUUGACAGCACCACUGGAAGAGGAGACUAGCUUGACAGACAUUCUAGUGAGAAAACCCUCAUCCUCUUCUGCUUCAGUAAAUCUGAUGGUGCUGCUGGAGCUCUUCUCAAUGUACCGUGAUUGGCAGGAGGCAAAAAUCCAGACGAUUAGUAAGAAACAGGAAGAGGUCGAAAACAAGAUAGAAGUUGCAGAUGCUUUGACAGUUAAACUUUUUCAGCGUUUUAAUUAUUCACUCUCGACAAUGAAGACUACUUCGCAUCAUCUAUCAGAAGUUCAUGCAUUGCAGGUUGAUCUUGGGGAGCUGAAGGGAAGGUUGACUGAGGCGAUUAGCAACUGUGAUUCAUUAUGCAAGAGAAUCAAUGCAGAGGGACCCGAAUCACUGAGAUCAUCUGUCAAGCCAUUUUCAGUCACCUCAGCAGACGUUGAAACCAGCUGUCGCUCCCAUUGAAAGAGAGCGUUAAAUAGAAGCCAGUCUACCAUGGAAUCCAAGUUAGACUGACUUGCUCAUUUACUUAUUGUUGUAAAUUUUCCAAGUAUUCGACAAUCAUGGUUGUAGAAAUUGAGGUUAUACCCUCGGGGCCGGGCUAGUGCAGUUUGAUCAUGCUUCUCUGAUUAGCACCUGGUUUUGUCAUGGUCAGAAAAGAAGAAUAGAGCACUUGUACACCAAUCUCCCUUUUGCAUCCUACCGUUGUUCAUAAUUCAAUAAAACCUGUGUUUGUGCCAUCGUUUCACAGCUUUUAUGUUCUUUUAUCCAUUGUAAUGUUAAAUGUACGUCAUGUAGUUUCAUUCAAUCUUCAAUGUUAUCCAACUAUAGAGUGUUUUUCACUCAUCUUUUAAAAGGAUGGCUUUUAUACUGGUCUCUUUUUUUUAGGAA